AUGAAGAACAUAUUAGAAGGAGGGAGUUUACCAUAUGGAAAUGACGAGACUUGUUUAUGGCAUAAAAGGAUCAUACCCUUGUUUGAAAUUCAGAAAGGUUAUCCUUAAAAUAAAGCUGUAAAUAUCUAUCUACUCAUAAUCUAUAGGUUUAUCGUGACCCUAAGUGGAAGAAUAAUUUCAUCGCAGAUUUUUGAGUAUUUCUACCUCGUUGUUAUUAUUUGCAACUCUAUUGUACUUGCAUUAGAUGAUCCCACUUAGAUAACUAAUUCAACUUACAGGGAUAACUUAGAUAACUUUUUUUCAGCUCUCUACUUCUUCGAAUUUUUCCUGAAAAUAUUCGGCAUGGGCUUUGUUUUCAAUAAGGGGGCUUAUUUAAGAGAUUAUUGGAAUAUUAUCGAUUUUUUGGUAGUUAUAUAAUUAACAUUGUAAGUACUGAUAGAAACAGGACUUAAAUUGCAAGUAUUAAGAGCAUUCAGAGUUCUUAGACCGUUAAGAACAAUUACUAGCAUAGAGGGAUUGAAGUUACUUGUUUCUGCCUUAAUAGCAGCUCUACCAUUACUCAGAGAUACAAUUAUCAUUUUAAUAUUUUUCUUCUUAGUAUUUGGUAUUGGAGCACUCUAAGUUUUAUCAGGCGACUUAGAAAAUAGAUGCUUUGAUCUUGAAACUGGACUUUCUCACCAUAAUGAUCUUAUUUGUGGCAGAACAACUAUUUGUCCUCCAGGAUAUAUUUGUGGCUAGAGACUGCAAAAUCCUAAUUUAGGAGUUACUAAUUUCGAUAACAUUUUAUUCUCAUUAUUAACAAUUUUCCAGUGUACAACUCUUGAAAGUUGGAGUGUUGUAAUGUUAUAUGUUAUGAAAUCAACUCACUAUUUACUGUUCCUUGUAUUUAUCCCUUUAGUUUUUAUUGGUGCCUAUUUUUUACUGAAUUUGACUCUAGCAGUUAUCAACUUUAAGUUCACAGAAGCCCACAAAUUUUUUAUUGAGAAAAAAAAACUUGAAACUAUUAGAAAAAUGAGAAACACUUUCAUGGACAAUUUAAAUAUCUAAAAUUUGAGACUCUAGAAUGAAAAUAACUUAUUAGAUGAUACUGAAUUUAUCGAUGAAUUAGGAGAAACUCGAAUAAAUAGAUUUGAAAUUGGACUGUCAUUCUUAAGAAAUGCUUAGUUUAAAAAGAAGUAAGAGAGAAAAAAGAAGUUAAUAUACAUCAUUACAACAAAAAUAUGCUGCUUAAAGUGCAAAAAAAAUCGUAAAAAUCGAUAUAAAAUUGAGUAAAAUACCAGCAUUAAUCCAUUAAUAAGUAACCAUGACAAAAAAGGGAAAGAUCAAGAUUCAAAUAAGCAAGAGUCCUAGAAGAUAAGAUAUCUCCUAGAUCAAUAUCAGAUAGAUCAAAUGUAAUAAGAAAUUCUUAAGAAGACAAAGUUCAAGACUAAGGACUUUUCAAAUUUAAUACCUUUGAAGGUAAUGAAAUUUAAUGACCAAUUACUUAAAACCUACUUAAGAGGAAACAGAGGAAAAAUUUCUCAUGCCAAGAUAAAAGAUUCAAGAGCAUAAAUUACAAAUACGAAUAUAUUAUAAAGAAUACCAAGUUAUUAGCAAUAAGCCUUUGAAUAAAAUGAAGAAUUUAAGAUUAAUUUUUAUACUGGCUUAAUUGAUGAACCUCUUCCAAAUAAAAAAGAUUUCAGUAAAAUUAUAUUCGAAGAAAGUUCUCAGUUCUCAAUGAUUGAUAAGUAAGAAAAUAAUGAGGAACAGUCUGAAGAGAUUAAGGAAAAUUUCAGAAGAUCUGAAGAUAGCAAAUAAGAAUUCCUUUCAUAGGUCUCAUUUGAAUCAAAUAUUGAAAUCCAGCAGAUGAGAAAAACUAAAGUAACUAGUCCAUAAAAAUUUCAAAAUUUAAGUUCUGGGACAGUAACUAGUGGUUUGGUCAGUAUUGAUGAAAACUAUCCUCCUAUAGAUAUUGAGGAACGAAUUUUCCAGAUUAGAUAAAAGUAAACUUUUCAAGAAGAUAGAAGAUCUACUAGAGUAUUUGAGAACUUAAUUCUUUCAAAUCACCUAUUGAUGCAGAAAGUAAUUCUUAAAGUCCAAACAUUAAUUAACCUAACUUUGACAGUACAAUUAGAUAAAGCUAAGAUAUAAUUGAAGCUCGAGAUGCAAAGCAUUCACUAAAUAAAUAAUAAGAGAAGGUUUAUAGAAGAUGAUAUUAGAAGUAUAAGAAAAUAGGAUAAAAAAAUCAGUUUAUCUUUAAGCAAUAUACCAUCUAAGUAAACAUUGCCUCCACUUAAAAGGAAAAACACAGGCAUCAUUAUUAGAAAAUUAGUGAGUAGCAAUAAGAUCGGAUAAAUUACUUCAGAGGACUCAUAGGAAUUAUUUUUAGAUAAUUCAAAGAAAAAAAGCAGAUCUAGAUUCAAACAAUAAUAAAAGUUUGAUUUAGCGAUGCUGGUUGGUGAUAAAACUGCAUCAUAGCCAAAGUUUCAUCUUUCUUAACUUAUUAACCAAAAAUAGAAAAUCAUAAUAAACGAUAAGAAGCCAGAAUAUUUUAGUUCUUCAUAGAUAAAUGUUUAUGAGAAGAGGAUCUAACACUUUUCAAAGAUUCCUAAAAUUGACAUCAAUAAAAGAGAAGAGAAUGAAGAUGACGAUUUUCCUGACAGUAACAGAUACAGGCCUGGCAUAGCUAGGCCUAAGUGCAAACCAUAUUAAAUGAGAGUUAUGUAUCAAAUAAAUGAGGAUAAGCUUCAUAAUGAAAUUAUGACUAGACUUGUGGAAAGAGAAGAAUUCAGGCAUUUGGAAGAAUAACCAUAUCAAAUGCUCUCUUAAUAUGGAAAGAAUGGAACAUACAAUAUGAAUUUGAUACAAAGAGCUACAAAAAUCUCUGAUCUUUAUAUUACAAGUACACUUAGUUUUACUUUGAUUCCAUCAAGAAAAAAUGUUUAUCUAAAAGACUAAGUCAAUAUCAACUAGGCAAGGUUAUCGGAACAACAAGAAUAGAAUCUAGUGCCUGGUCUAGGCCAAAAAUUAUUAAGUAUUCAAGAUAAUUUGGAACUAGUUUAAUCUGCAUCUUCAUUCUAAUCUGGAUCCUCUAUAUCAGGAGGAGAAGAAAAAUUUGAAGACGAUUAAAUUGAUAUACAGAGUGAAAAUAACUAAGAAAAAGAAGACUAAAAACAUGGUAAAUUAGAAAAAGAGAAAUCUUAGUAAGACAGCUUUGAUAAUGAAAAAUAUGAAGAUGAUUAGCUUGAUAAUACCAAACAAAGGCUCACAUUUUCUAAUAAAGAGAGAGUAAAAUCAACUAAAAAUGUAAUUUAAGCUGAUAAUUAUAAAUUUGUGGAAAAUAAUUCUAGUAAAAUUUAAGAAUUAGGUGAUGAAAAUUUUUAGAGGCAUUUAAGUAGUCCUCGAUUAACUAUUCAUAAAUCCUAUAUGCCAAAAGUUCAAGAUAAUAUAUUUAAAACUCAGUAAUAGUUUGAUAUCAAUUACAAUUCACUCCAAAUAAAUAAUGCAAGACAUGCUAGACAUGGUUCUAUCUAAAAAUCUUCAACUAUGCACGUAAAUUUUCUUGAAGUUCCCAAAAAUUUCGGAAGUUAAAACAGAAUAAGGAAAAUACAGUCUAAUGAAUUAAUUCUGAUAAAAUAAUAGAAGUCUAAUUAAACUAAAGGAGAUUCUCCAACAAAGAUUAAAGAACUUUUAAAUAAAGCUAUUGAAAUAAAUGUUCAAACAAAGCAAAGAAGAUCAUCUAUAAGUAAUUCAAAAGACUAGCAUAUCGCGCAACUUUUACCAAGAGUAAAGUCUAUAAGACGGAAGCAAAAUACAUUGAAAGAUUAUGAAAGAAAGAAAGAAAAAUUAGAUAAAAUUAACCUAGAAAAUGUUCAUGAUUUUUUUCAAGGAAAUUUCUAUUCGUCAGACGAAGACAAAUAGGAAAAUGAAUUUGAGAGAUAAAAUUUAUAGUAUCAAAUAACUUAAGGUAAAAUUGCACUAAACAAAGAUAAUUUAGAUAAACUUAAUGCCCUAAAUAAUGAUUAAGAACUCUUAGAAUGCUCUAUCAAGAAGGUAAUCUAGACAAGUAAAAUUGGAAGAAUUAAAAAAUCAAAAGGCAAAGAUGACAUUCAAGAUGAUUUAUCAGAUGUGCCAACUUCUCUUUAUAGUGAUUAUGAGGAACUUAAAUAUCAAAGAUAAAGGAUCAUAAGAGAUGGUUAGAAAUCUAGAAAAUUUGCAGAUCUCAUUAAUACUCUUUAAUCUUAAACUCAUUCAAACUACUUUGACUAUUUGGUAAUGAGAAGAAUUGAUUUGUAAAAGAAAAAGAUUAUUUCUAGAUGGAGUGGCUAGGACGUUUUAAUGAACUCAAUGAACGAUUAUAAAGCACUAUAUAUAACUUCCAAAUUAAAUGGAAUUAGAGUAUGGCCAUAAGCUUGGGGAUUCCUUAAAUAAUUCAAAAAUUCUAUUAAGACUAUGGUAAAGUCUCCUAUUUUUGAAAAUUUCAUGCUUUUAUGUGUUCUAAUAAAUACUGUCAUAUUGGCUUUUGAUAGAUAUGAUAUUGACCCUGAACUUGAUUUGAUCUGCACCAUUUUUAAUUUGAGCUUUACUUUUAUAUUCUGUAUUGAGCUAUUACUUAAAAUUUCUGGUCUUGGAGUUACGAAAUAUUUUAAAGAUUUGAUGAAUUAUCUUGAUUCAGCUGUAGUUUUGAUUAGUAUUGUAGAGAUUACACUUAACUAGAAUCAAUUAACAAUAUAAGGAAAGCCAAAUACAAGUGGGCGAGUGAGUUAAGGUUCUUUGUCUGCUUUUAAAGUAGUUAGAAUAUUUAGAACAUUUAGAGUGCUUAGAGUUGCUAGACUUCUGAGAUAACUUAGAUCUAUGUAAAUUAUUAUAGGAGUUAUUCAAAGAUCUAUCAAAUCAUUUAUUUAUAUUGCUUUGCUUUUGUUCCUCUUUUUAUAUAUAUAUUCUCUACUUGGUAUGACAUUGUUUGGCGAUAUGGUGAAAUAUGAUGUUGGUAUUGGGUUAAGUAAUGGAAAUGAAGGCCCAUUAAGUAGAGCUAAUUUUUAGGACUUUCAUAACGCUUUUAUGACAGUAUUUUAGCUUUUGACCAUGGAAAAUUGGAGUUAUAUUCUUUAUGAUACUCUUUACUAUUCAGAUCUCAAUCAAGUUGUCAUAAUUAUCUACUUUGUUAGUUGGAUAUUUAUUGGAAACUUUAUCUUGCUAAACUUGUUUCUGGCCAUAUUACUUGACAGUUUUCUUGUUGAAGAAGAGGAAGAAGAUGAGAUAUGUAAGUAAGAGGAGGAAAAAUUAAAAUAAUUCGAAAGAAAGAAUAAAAAAUCUAAUAAGAUAAAAAAACAACAUAAAGAUAUAAGUAAAUUUUUCGCAAUGAAUACUUUGAGAAGGAAAUCAGAAAAACCACUUAAUGAUUUGAUAUCCAUGCUCAAAAUCAAAGGCAAAUAAAAUUAUAAUUAACAAUAGUAAUAGAUUUCAAUCAACUUGGCUCCAUCAUAAAUACAAAUAUUAAAAUAAUAAGAGGCUGAAGAACUCAAGUAUUUUGAGGAACUAGACUUCGAAGAUAGAAUGAAACUGAUUAUUAAAAAUGGUAUCUCACAGAACUAAAAACGGUUAAGAAAAAAUAAUAUCAGAGACAAUUUCAAGGAUAUAGAUUGCUAGAAUUCACUUUAUCUUUUCAGUAAAACAAAUAAAGUUAGACUGAUACUAUCAAGAAUUGUAAAACAUAACUAUUUUGAGAAAUUCAUACUUGUAAUCAUAGUAACUAGCAGUAUAAAGCUAGCUGUUGAUACCUAUUACUUGGAAGAUUAUAAGAACUAAAGAUUUCUUGAAAAUCUUGAUAUCCUUUUUACUGGCGCAUUUUUGAUAGAGUCGGUAAUCAAAAUCAUUUCAUUUGGAUUCAUAAUAGACAGAGGUUCUUAUCUAAGAGAGAGUUGGAAUAUUCUUGAUUUCUUUAUUGUUUUUACUUCACUUUUAGACUUGGCACUGGUAAAUAUUACUAUUCCCUCAAUCAAAAUACUUAGACUUUUAAGAACGAUAAGACCCUUAAGAUUUAUCACUCACAAUUCUGCUAUGAAAGUAUUAGUAGUAGCACUUCUAGAAUCAGUUGGGUCAAUUAUAAACGUAAUCAUAGUUGUAGUAGUUGCAUGGCUAAUGUUUGCAAUCCUAGGAGUAUCAUUUUUCAGUGGAAAAUUUUACUAUUGCACAUAAAAUAAGUACUAAAAUAUUACAGAGGCAGAAUGCAUAAAGGACAAUGGAGAAUGGAUAAGAUAUGACAGUAAUUUCGAUGAUGUCAUAAGAGCUAUGCUAACUUUAUUUGUUGUCAGCUCAUUAGAGAACUGGAAUGAUGUUCUUUAUUAAGCUGUUGACUGCACUAAUCCUGGCUAAGGUCCUAAAUUGAAUAAUUUCUAGCCAUACAGUUAUUACUUUGUGCUGUUUAUUUUGAUUGGUACUUAUUUUUUCCUUAAUUUCUUCAUUGGUGUACUCUUUUUGAAUUUUAAGCUGGCAAAGAAAAAAAUGCAUGUCUAAGAGCAAAUAAUGAAGUAAUAAGAUCCUAAUGAAGUCAAAUCUUAAAUUGAUGAAAAACUCUAGUAGCAGUACACAAUGUGGAAGGAUAUUUAAAUUCUUAUAAUAAAUGCUUAGCCUGACUAUGAAACCACAAACAUUCCAAAAUAGAAAUGGAGGAAGCUAUUUCAUUCAUUCGUCAGCUCAAAUGCUUUUGAUAUUUUUAUCAUGAUUUCCAUAUUGCUAAAUAUGAUUUAAUUAGCCUGCUACCAUGAGGGUGCAAGUUCUGAAUAUCUAAAAGUGCUAGAUGAUAUAAACAUUCUUUUCACUGUCAUAUUUAUUAUAGAAGCCACUCUAAAACUCAUUGGCUACGGAUUGAGUUACUUUAGGAAUGCUCAAAAUGUAUUUGAUUUUAUAAUUGUACUUUCUAGUAUUUCUGAAAUUAUGAUUGAUAAUCUACAAAACAACUCUGGGAGAAUAAUAUCCUUAACUCCGCAGAUCAUUCGUGUACUCAGAGUUCUAAGAGUCACAAGAAUUGUUAGACUUAUAGGAAAGUAUUAAGGACUAUAAGCACUAGUAUCUACUAUUAUGUUUUCUCUCCCGCCGCUUUUAAAUGUUUUCUCACUGCUAAUGAUCAUAUUUUUCAUCUUCUCAGUACUUGGUGUUUUUCUAUUUAAUUAAGUUGAAAAGGGAAAUUCAAUUGAUGGCGAAUAUAAAAACUUCAAAAAUUUUGGACUUGCAAUGCUUACAUUAUUCAGAAUAUCUACUGGAGAGGAUUGGAAUAAUGUAAUGUACGAUACAAUGAAUCCUAAAAAUUGUGCAUUCAAAACUGACUGUGUAAGUAGUUUCGCACCUAUUUAUUUCAUUAGCUUUGUACUGAUAUGUAGUUAUGUGAUGCUUAAUCUCUUUGUGCUUAUAAUCUUACAAUAAUUUGACAAAUAUUAUCUGCCAAAAGAUAAUGUAAUAUCAAAGUUUAAGAAAGACCUCCUAACAUUUAAAGAAGCUUGGAAGAGGUACACAAUGGAAAGGUAUAAUUGCUAGGUUAUUAGAGAUGCUUAAAUCAUUCAGUUCAUGAGAAAUCUAAGAGAUCCUCUGGGUAUGUCUUCUACCAUUGAUUAGAUGGAACUUUAAAAAGAUCUUGUCAAGCUAGGAAUCAGAACUGAGGAUGGCUAUGUAUACUUCAACGAAAUGCUUUAUAGAUGCAUGAGAAGAGUUUAUGGAAAUGUGAAGCUUGACUGUGAAAUGCAAAUCAAUGAAUUGAGAACUCAAAUUAAAAUUUAGAAGGAGAUAAUGAUAAAGUAAUCUAAUUCAUUCGGGUUCUUUUAAAAAUCUUUUGAAAAGGAAGCAAUAUAUGGAAUAAUGUAGAAAAAUAAACUUUACAAUCCCUUUGUAUAAAACUUCUACGCUAAGAUGGCCUUUGGCUAAUGGUUUCAACUUGUAGUUCUGAAGAGAGAAUAAAGUUAUACGGACUUUGAGGAAGAAUUAAAUAACAGAGAAAGAAUUGAGAUAGAGUAUGAAACUGAUGAAGACGUGUGCUUUACAGAUGAAGAUGAUAUUACUGAAGAUAGAAUACCAAGCAUGGAUUAAACUUAAACACAUAAUGGGUCUGAAUUAAAGUUGCAGCCAAAGAACUAUAUUCCUAUCAACAGAGAUUUUGAUUCAGCUAUUGUAAAUAGGCCGUCAAUAAAGAAAUAGAAGACACAAAUAAAUAUUGGUGAAAAACCUUCCUCAACAGAAGAAAAAUAGAGAAGGGCUAGCAGACCUAAGAAAUCUGUGACUCUCAUUGACCCACUAGAACUAGAGAGCAAUAUUAAUUAAAUAUCAUUAAGGCUAUAAAAUACUCAGGAUUCAAAGGAAAAUUCAAUUAAAAGCAGGAAUGAUAGCGAAAUAGAUCAGUUUUAUGUGAUUAAAUCUCCUAAUGACAACAAAAAGAUAACUUUACCCCCUAUAAAGGAUCAUAAGUAGAAGGCAGGAGAAAAUCUAUCAUUAACUGCAAUUAAUAACUACAAGAAAUUUUAGAGUUUCAAAAAUUAAACAAAUGUUGAAAUCAUCUAAGAAGAGGAAGAACCUCAAAGUGCUACUUUCAAUCAAUUAGAAUUGUGA